UUUCCUAUCCUCAAAGCUGAAAUUCAAAAUUCAAAACAUCCUUUUUUCUUCCUUUUUUUUACAAACUUUAAUUUGUUACUCCGACUAUUACAAAUUAUUUAUCCUCAUUUCUAUUAAAUUCUGCUUUUUAUUUACUUUUGGAAAAAUGUCGGCCCGCGUAGCUUCAAAAUACUCUAAUCUCCCGGACAUUGACCUGGACCAACCAGAUGUAUACGAAACAACAGAUGAGCCGCAGGAGAUGGACCUCGACAUAGACCAACCGGCCACCAUUUCCGAGGACAUCUCAACCGAAUCCGUCUCAGCCACGCAAGCAGCCGAGAGGUUCCGCCAAGCAUCCGGCGACGAACCACCUAAAACGGCCCUGGCAAGAUACCAAAAAUCCCUCUUCCGCACACUCCAACUGGACUCUCUCCCGGAGCAGAGGCUUAGAAGACUGGUUUAUGAAACGCAGGAGCUUAAAGAGCAGAUUGAAGAGGAAAAGGGAGGUGCUGGUGGUGGCGGUGUAAGGGAGGGAAGCGUGGAGCUGAUGAAGUUGGCUUGCGGAUUAAAUGAGGAACUGGCGUUUUUGGGCAGACAGAUUGGCGGUGGCUCUGGCCUGGUCUCUCGCGAGCUGUGGCAGCGCUUAGACGGAACCCCGACAGCUACCGCUAGUGGGGCAGAGGGGAAGAAGUUGAGGCCAAAGGAGGAGCCAUCAGUUCUGGAGCAGAGAAUCGCGGGUUUGGAGAAGAUCCUCGGCAACUCGUCCUCUGGAAACCACAACCAGCAACGUAGUUUGGUGGAUUCAGUUUCGCGGCUUAGACAGCAGAUGGAUGUCCUUGCGGAUCCCAACCGCGUUGAUGGAAUCCAGAGACGUAUUAAGCAGGUGUUGGUUGAUAUGGAGAGGCUGGACCUGGCGCAGACCCAGGCUACCCGCGCCCUGCAGUCUUCCGAGGAUCCCAGUAAGGGCCAGCGCUUGGAUCCGGCGGUUGUAAAGAAAAUCGAUGAGGUUUACGAUAAGCUGAUGGCCGUGGAUGCACUCGUGGAGCUGGCGCCAGCAGCAGCCAGAAGACUGCAGACGCUGGCUAAGCUGCAUGUGGAGGCGUCGGACGCGGUUGCUGGGAUUAAGCGCAUUGAGAGGGAGCAGGGCGCUGUUAAGGAGGAGCUGGGCACUAUGGGGGAGGUUGCAGAGGGGCUGAGGAAGGCCAUUGGUGAGAACUCGCUGACAUUGAAGGACAACAUGCUGCAUUUGGAUGCGCGAAUCAAGACACUGAGUGAACGGUUGCAGAAAAUUGGCCAUUAAUCAUAAAACACAAUAAAUAAA